AACACAGCAUCACUCCGACAAUAAGCUGUCGUCAUGGCGUCUUUGGGUCAAACAUCUUCAUCAAUACGCUCUAGAGGAGCGACGGCAGGUCCAUUCCAAACAACAAACGAUGAAGAUUAUUCACGUUUGACCUCCGAUUCAUCAUCUUCUAAAACUUUGGGAAGUUCUUCAAAACCUACACCACGUGCCAGCUCUUUACUUCAUUCUGGUAAAGCUGAAUCCAAGCAUGGUCCACUAUCGGGUUCUUUUGGAAUGCCAAACGCACCAAAAGGUGGUGUGACGAAAGCAGAAUGGCGAUUGGUUGCAUUCGUUACCGUUUUUGCAUUCUUUGUACGAAUGUACAAGAUCGGCCAACCGAGCAGCGUUGUUUUCGAUGAAGUUCACUUUGGUGGUUUUGCUUCAAAAUAUAUCAAUCAACGAUUCUUUAUGGACGUUCAUCCUCCUUUGGCAAAACUACUCAUCUCCUUUGUCGCUUGGGCUUCAGGAUUCAACGGACAAUUUGACUUUAAAACUAUUGGGAAGGAAUAUUUGGUGGGCGAACAUACACCCGUUCCAUACGUUGCAAUGCGUAGUUUCUGUGCGUUGCUCGGUGUUGCAACAGUACCUUUGGCCUAUCUGACAUUACGGGCACUCUCCUUACGUGCUACAACAGCAUUAGUCGGAAGUAUGUUGGUCACCUUGGAAAACGCUUUGAUCACACAAUCUCGAUUUAUACUUUUGGAUGCUCCUUUGGUCUUCUUCACAUCCCUUACCGCUUUCGGUUGGGUUUCAUUUUGCAACGAAGAGCGCAAAAGGCCAUUCUCUGAAUCUUGGUGGGGCUGGCUCAUCUUGACAGGAAUCUCAUUGGGUUGCGUUUUGAGCGUGAAAUGGGUAGGAUUAUUCACUGUAGCAACGAUUGGUAUUUGUGUGAUUGCACAAUUAUGGAACUUAUUGGGCGACAUUCGUUUGCCGAUGCGGAUCAUCGCUCAUCAUUUCGUCGCCCGUGCAAUCUGUUUGAUUUUGAUCCCUUUCGCCGUUUAUGUUGGUUGCUUUGCCGUUCAUCUGGCUGUCCUAAGUCGAAGUGGAGAAGGAGAUGGGUUCAUGACAAGUUCGUUCCAAUAUUCUUUGCGUGGUAAUGCUAUGCCGGACACGUACGCUGAUGUUGCACUUGGAUCGACAAUCACGCUCAGGCAUUUGAACACACAAGGUGGCUAUCUACAUUCUCAUCCUCAUAACUACCCUGGUGGAUCAGGACAACAACAGAUCACACUUUAUCCACAUCGUGAUGAGAAUAAUGAAUGGUAUAUCGUCAAAGCUCCAGGACCGGAAGACCCUCCUCCACCCGUCGACGAGAAGGGAGUUCCUUUGGCAAUUGAAUCACCUCUGGAGGCGGAAAAGCAUUGGAACGAUCCAAUUCAAUACCUUGAACAUGGUAUGGAAGUGCGACUUGUUCAUAGGCUAACGGAGAAGAGGCUGCAUUCACACGAUGUUCGUCCUCCGAUCACAGAAGCUGAUUAUCAACAAGAAGUGUCUGGUUAUGGAUUUGUGGAUGAGAGAGGAAGGCGUUUUGCCGGUGAUUCUAACGAUCAUUGGAUAGUAGAGAUCGAAAAUGGCCAUUCAUCCGAUCCUGUAUCUUGGAAACGUGUUCGUUCAUUACGUUCAACUAUUCGACUUCGACAUACUUUAACGGGAGCAUAUUUGUUCAGUCAUAAAGUACCUUUGCCUGAUUGGGGUUAUGGUCAACAAGAAGUGUCUGCCAAUAAAGCCGUUGGCGCUCCUCGUGCGCCUGUAAAGUCACGUUCAAAAGCAUAAGUAUAAGAGUAUCUGCAUAUGUCCCUUUCUUGGAUCAUCAUUUGACUGUCAAUGUAGAAUAGCUUCCACAAUAAUGAUGAUUG